AUGGAAAAGUGGGCAGAGAUUGGAAAAGCAGAAGGCUUAGAAGGUGAGAGCUUAUUGCAGUUUGUUAGAGAAAGAGAGUCUGCAGCUAGAGAAGAGCGAGUGCAGUUACUUGAAUUGAAAAGAAAUGAAAUAGCUAUUUUGGAACUCAAAACAAAACUCUCUGAAUCGAGAAUUGAAAAUGAGGAAACACUCUCUAAACCAAAAGUAAAAGUGCCUAAACUCCCCAUUUUUAAUGAGGAAAAGGAUGAUCUUGAUAGCUAUCUUCUCCGGUUUGAAAAAUAUGCCGUGGUGCACGGGUGGCCUAGGGACACCUGGGCAUUGAACCUUAGUGCCCUGCUCUCUGGCAAGGCCUUGCAGGUAUAUGCUAGGUUGCCUGCAAGGAGUUCCCAAGACUAUGAUCAAUUGAGAGAAGCCCUCUUUAAACGUUUUAACUUGACAGAGGAAGGCUUCCGUAAGAAAUUCCGCAACGCUAGACCAGAAAAAGAUGAAAAUUCACAUGAAUUCAUCCUCAGAUUAGAUAAUUUGUUUGAUAGAUGGUUACAACUUGCAAAUAUUGGUAAUAACUUCUACGAACUAAAAAAGCUAAUGGUACGGGAGCAAUUUUUAAGUAAAUGUUCUCCAGAUUUGUUGAUUUUCUUAAAGGAACACGGCGUUUCAACACUUGAAGAACUUGGACAGUUAGCUGAGGAUUUUGUUGAAGCCAGAAGAUCCACGUUCUCCCAAUUCUGUCAACCUGAUAGGAAGCCCAGCUCGGCAACUCCUAAUCGUCCCUCGACUAGUCAACCUCAGAAGAUGAACCAGUCAACUCGUCCUAUGGGACCACCGAAUCGUCUCCGUCCUCCUAGGACCGGUUACAUCUGUAAGAGACCAGGUCAUCUUGCUAAUGACUGCCGUUUCCGUUCAACACCAGUUCAUGCGUCCUUUCUUCAAGAAACUGGAAACGAUGUUGAAGAGUUAGCUGAUGAUGAAACAGGAAACAUAUCAGGUGUCCGUUGUCCAUCAGACCCAGACCCAGAGUGGAAGCCAGACUACUCACCACCAGAGAUAGAGCAACCAAGCACUGAUGGAAUACUCGACCAGGCUCAAGCUGUUCAGACCCGAGCACAGAAAGCAAGAACUGACAAACCAGCUCAACCUUUGAGAGUACCUCCUCCCAUCACCGAUGUUGUGACAGCAAAGUCCCUACUAAAGGAGCAACAGUCUGAUUCAUCCCUAAGUCGUUGCUUCCAGCUAGCACAAGACAGUGAUCCAAAGGUUAGUAAAGAUGGAUCUGUAUCACGGUUUCUUGUGGAAAAGGGGAUCCUUUAUAGGGAAAACAAAGACCCUAAGACUGAUGUAACUGAUUUGCAGGUAGUUCUUCCAACAUCACUUCGCCAGCAAGUGAUGAAGAUUGCCCAUGAAUCACUCCUUGGUGGUCACCAAGGAAUCAAGAAGACCUCUGACCGGAUAUUGAGAAACUUCUAUUGGCCAGGUAUAAUUGGAGAUAUAUCCCGUUUUGUCCAAUCUUGUGACAUUUGCCAAAGAACCUUCCCGAAAGGAAGAGUUCAGAAAGUUCCCUUGGGUGACAUGCCCAUCAUCGACACGCCAUUCAAACGUGUAGCGGUUGACAUUGUGGGUCCUAUAGAACCAAGGACAUCUCGAGGUAAUAAGUACAUACUUACCUUAGUAGAUUUUGCCACCCGGUACCCCGAAGCUAUUGCUAUGAAAAAUAUUGAAGCAGUAACCAUUGUUGAUGCUCUUGUCGAUAUUUUUUCUCGUAUUGGUGUGCCACAGGAAAUUCUUAGUGACAGAGGAUCUCAGUUUACUUCGGGUUUGUUCGCAGAAGUGACUAAACUGCUGUCGUUGCGCCAACUGUUCACCACUCCUUAUCAUCCUGCUGGGAACGGUUUGGUGGAAAGAUUCAACGGAACCCUGAAGUUGAUGCUCCGCCGAAUGUGUGCAGAGAAACCAACUGAUUGGGAUAGAUAUCUUGGAGCACUGCUGUUCGCCUAUCGUGAAGCCCCUCAGGCAAGCUUAGGCUUCUCUCCGUUUGAGUUGAUUUAUGGCAGGCGGGUCCGUGGGCCUCUAACCCUGCUUAAGGAGCUGUGGACAGGUGAAUCCCCACAUGAUGAGACCCGCAGUACCUACGAAUACGUCUUUGAAUUGCAGAACAAACUACAAGACACUUGUAAGUUAGCCCACGAACACCUGAAGAAGGCAAAAGAGUCACAACAAGCCUACUACAACAAGAAAAGCCGCAAUCGCUCCUUUGCUGUUGGGGAUAAGGUGUUGCUGUUACUCCCUACUGCAAACAACAAGUUACUUCUCCACUGGAAGGGACCUUUCCCCGUAGUUGGUCGUCAAGGUCAAAGUGAUUAUAAGAUAGACCUCAACGGUCAAAUCAAGACCUUUCAUGCGAACUUACUUAAAGCCUAUCAUGAACGAAAUGAGGCCGCUGCCAUGAUAACACAAGACUUUGACAUCCCGUUGCCAAACAAGUCGGUCUGUUGUCAAACUCCUGCACUGACUGCAAAAGAGGGGCCUUCCCAAGUACAUGUCAAUGAGGAGUUGUCAGAAACUCAAAAGACCCAACUUCGUGAAGUCCUUGGAGAAUAUGCUGACGUUCUCACUGACUUGCCAGGGAAAACCGAUGUUAUGACACAUGACAUCCAGCUUACAUCGAGCGAGCCUUUUCGGAAGAAGCAGUAUCCCAUUCCACAUGCCUUACAGACGACAGUGAGGAAAGAAGUGGAAGACAUGCUUACCAUGGAGAUUAUUGAACCGUCCCAGUCACCCUACGCUUCUCCCAUUGUGCUAAUUGACAAAAAGGAUGGUAGUAAACGAUUCUGCAUCGACUUUCGGACCUUGAAUCGGAUGACGGUGUUUGAUGCAGAGCCACUCCCUGAUCCAGAACACAUCUUUGCGUCAAUAUCUCAAGAUUGUUAUUUCAGCAAGUUGGACCUCACCAAAGGUUAUUGGCAGGUACCAGUUGCUGAAAGUGCCAAGCCCUACACUGCAUUCCUUACACCAGCUGGCUUGUUCCAAUUCAGAAUGAUGCCCUUUGGCCUCGUCAACGCGCCAGCCACGUUCACCAGGAUGAUGCGACAGGUACUACAAGGCUUGGAGAAGACCGACAAUUUCAUUGACGACAUAUUGAUCCAUACCAAGACAUGGGAGAAUCACAUCGAGGUUCUCACAGCACUCCUUGAGAGGUUGCGAUCGGUUCACCUGACUGCUAAACCGAGCAAGUGCGAAGUGGGUUGUCAAUCACUAGAGUUUCUUGGCCAUGUAGUGGGUAAAGGGACCUUACGACCUCAGAGUGACAAGCUCCUCAAGAUCCAGGAUGCCAAGCCUCCUCGCACCAAGAAAGAGCUGCGUUCUUUCCUGGGCUUCGUGGGUUAUUACCGCCGAUUUAUUCCCAACUUUGCGGCAGUGGCAUCUCCACUAACUGAUCUCACGAAGGCUAAGCUGCCCAAUCGCAUCGAAUGGGGGGAUAGCCAGGAAGGCGCUUUCAAUGCAUUGAAAGCGCAUCUCGCCUCUUCGCCAAUCCUUCAGUUGCCUAACAGUGAUAAGCCAUACUUUCUUCGCACGGAUGCGUCGAAUAUCGGUAUAGGUGCCGUCCUACUUCAGGAGAAUGAAGAGACAAAGGAGAAGUUUCCUGUGAGCUAUUCAAGUAAGAAGUUACUGCCUCGUGAGAAAUCAUACGCCACAGUUGAGAAAGAGGCUCUGGCCAUUGUAUGGGGAAUACAGAAGUAUGAACCAUACCUGUAUGGUAGAGAGUUCGUACUUCAGACUGACCAUCAAGCCCUGACGUAUCUUCAUCGCGCAAAACAGACAAACGCGCGGAUCAUGCGCUGGGCACUCACUCUUCAGCCCUAUCGCUUCAGAGUUGAGAGUAUUAAAAGUUCUCAGAAUGUGGGCGCUGACUUCCUAAGUCGAGCUGAGUUCAACGAAUAA